GCCGAGCGCUCUCCGCCGGUGCCUCCCUCGUUAUAUUGUUGAACAGGAAACAGGGCAACUCAGGAGCCUGGAGGUGGAGGAGGGAGAGCCGGACGCCGACCCCAGCGCGCUUGCGGGGGGCAAGUGGAAGCGGGCGAACGCUUUGAGCCAGCUGCGGCUCCUAGCGUUCUUCUCCGGCCCAGCCCUUGGAAGCCCCGCCCAGGGAGAUGGUAGGGGCCUAACCUGCUACCCUUCGUCGACUCCGCCCAUCCAACCCAUGGGCAGCCAGAGGCCAGUCCAGACUACGAAAACGCGGUGUCCGCGAUGGCUGCGGACGUCGAGGGCGACGUGUACGUGCUGGUGGAGUACCCCUUCGAGUAUACGGGCAAGGAUGGGCGGCGGGUCGCCAUCCAGCCCAACGAACGCUACCGGCUGCUGCGGCGCAGCACCGAGCACUGGUGGCACGUGCGUCGCGAGCCGGGCGGCCGGCCCUUCUACCUGCCCGCGCAGUACGUGCGCGAGCUGCCCGCGCUCGGCGACCCCGCGGCCACGCCGCCGCCGCCCGCGCCCCACGCGCGCCCCACCGUCCCGGAGCCGCUGGCCUACGAUUACCGGUUCGUGAGCGCUCGAGCACCCGCGGGCCCCGACGACUCCUCCACCCCGGUGGAUCCCCGAGGUCGCGCCAGCUCCCUGUGCGGCCCGGCUCGGCAUCGCUCGGCCGGCCAGCGCCGCAGCCUGGCACCCGGCGGCCCGGCCUGCCUGUACGUGCGGCCCGCGGCGCCCGUGCGCCCCGCGCAGUCCCUGGACGACCUGGCGCGCGCCGCCGCCGCGCCCCCUGCCGGCCUCCUCGCCAGCGCCGGGCACUUCAAGGCCUGCAGCGUGGCGGGCUCCUGGGUAUGUCCGCGGCCCCUGGCUCGCAGCGACUCGGAGAAUGUCUACGAGGCCAUCGCAGACGUGCGCGCUUCCCAAAGGGCGGACAGCCUGGAGCAGGUGGACGAUGCCCCGGAGCCCGUGUACGUGAACGUAGAGAGGCAGCCUCGAGCCCGUCGACCCAGCCCGGCCUGGGAGACGCACACGGACGCCGACACCGGGCGCCCCUAUUACUACAACCCCGACACGGGGGUGACCACCUGGGAGCCGCCCUGCGAGGCAGCCGAGGGGGCCACCAGCCCGGCCACCUCCCGGGCCUCGGUGGGCAGCGGGGCGAGCCUCGACGCCGAGUGGGGCCAGUACUGGGAUGAGGAGAGCCGCAGGGUGUUCUUCUACAACCCGCUGACCGGGGAGACGGCCUGGGAGGACGAGGUGGAGGACGAGGCCGAAGACCAGCCCCUGGACGAGCCCGAGAUGCAGCCCAGCCUGAGCCCGGGCAGCCCCAGGCCCCAGAGGCCCCCCACCCCUGAGACAGACUACCCCGAGUUGCUGACCAGUUACCCUGAAGAGGACUAUUCCCCUGUGGGCUCCUACAGUGAACCCAGCCCCACCUCCCCCGCAGCCGCACCCCCUGGCUGGUCCUGUCACAUUAGCGCUGACAGGCAGAUGCGCUACACCAACCACUUCACCCAAGAGCAGUGGGUGAGGUUGGAGGACCAGCACGGAAAGCCAUACUUUUACAAGCCUGAAGACUCCUCUGUUCGGUGGGAGCUGCCCCAGGUCCCGGUCCCUGCCCCUCGAAGCAGCCAGAAAUCUAGCCAGGACAGUGACACUGCAGCCCAGGCUGGCCCUCCAGAGGAGAAGAUCAAGACCCUGGACAAGGCAGGGGUGCUCCACCGCACCAAGACCGUGGACAAGGGGAAGAGGCUCCGGAAGAAGCACUGGAGUCCUUCCUGGACUGUGCUGGAGGGUGGCGUCCUGACCUUCUUCAAGGACUCAAAGACCUCAGCUGCAGGCGGCCUGAGACAGCCUUCCAAGCUCUCUACCCCCGAGUAUACCGUGGAGCUGAAGGGGGCCUCUCUCUCCUGGGCCCCCAAAGACAAAUCCAGCAAGAAGAAUGUGCUGGAGCUGCGCAGCCGCGAUGGCUCAGAGUACCUGAUUCAGCACGACUCCGAAGCCAUCAUCAGCACUUGGCAUAAGGCCAUUGCCGAAGGCAUCGAGGAGCUGUCUGCAGAACUGCUCCCUGGGGAGGAAAGUGAGGCCAGCAGCGCAGACUUCGGGUCCAGUGAGCGCCUGGGAAGUUGGCGGGAGGAGGAUUCGCGGCAGAACGCAGCCUCGCCCGCGCUGAGCCCCGCGGGCCUGGAGAGCGACCUGAGCCGCGUCCGGCACAAGCUCCGCAAGUUCCUGCAGAGGCGGCCCACGCUGCAGUCGCUGCGGGAGAAGGGCUACAUCCGAGACCAGGUGUUCGGCUGCGCGCUGGCGGAGCUGUGCGAGCGCGAGAGGAGCACCGUGCCGCGCUUUGUCCAGCAGUGCGUCCGCGCCGUCGAGGCUCGGGGGCUGGACAUCGACGGGCUGUAUCGCAUCAGUGGGAACCUGGCCACCAUCCAGAAGCUGCGCUAUAAGGUGGACCACGAUGAACGUCUGGACCUGGAUGAUGGGCGCUGGGAGGACGUCCACGUGAUCACAGGCGCCCUGAAGCUCUUCUUCCGGGAGCUGCCUGAGCCCCUCUUCCCUUUCUCUCACUUCUCUCAGUUCAUCUCGGCCAUCAAGCUGCAGGACCCGGCCCAGCGCAGCCGCUGUGUGCGUGACCUGGUGCACACGCUGCCGGCCCCCAACCAUGACACUCUACGCCUGCUGAUCCAGCACCUGUGCAGGGUGAUCCAGCACGGCGAGGAAAACCGCAUGUCGGUGCAGAGCGUGGCCAUAGUGUUCGGGCCCACGCUGCUACGGCCCGAGACCGAGGAGACCAGCAUGUCGAUGACCAUGGUGUUCCAGAACCAGGUGGUGGAGCUCAUCCUGCAGCAGUGCUCGGACAUCUUCCCGCCGCGCUGACUGUGGGCCCAGGGCCGCUGGAGGACACCCAGAGCUUGGGCCUCCUUUCUGAACUUUUCUGCUUCUCGGCGCCUCCCCCCUCCCCGCCCCUCGCUUCAGAGGGUACGGUGAUCCCUGGUGGGCAGCUCACGAAAUGUGAUUUCUCCCUGGUG